UGAAGUUUAAGCUGGAAUUUAGAUCAUCAGAUGUGAUAAGCACCAUCUUUUCUAAAAUUGCUUUCUUUGUAUUAUGAUCAUGAGGUCAAACAGGCGCUUCUCUAAUAUUGUGCUAAAUAUCAGCAUGCAAACUUAUUUUUAAAGGUGAAAAACACAUUUGCCGUCUGCAGAAUAAGUUUGAUAAGUAAUAAGCAUGAUGUAUGUUUUAUCCUCUCACAUCUGUGCAGGUGACUCCAGACAGGUAGGAAGGCCAUGUAGAGCGCGAUGUCCCCCACAGUGGGGUAAGACUUAAAGAUGGAGAUCACCGCCAGCUGCAUGAAAAUCAGGAAUACUGGAUGCUCCCUGAAACACACACACACAGCAAUUACAGGGGAUCCAACCUCCCUGUUUAAUAAUGAGCAGGGAGUGUGAGGACUGACUUGAGUUUGAUGGACAGCGGGAUGGUGUAGAAGAAGACGUUGAUCUGGAAGACGCAGAGGAAGAAGAGGCGGAAGUGUUCGAACAUCUCAGCGAAGAAAUACCAGAAGAGGCCAAUGUUCGGGGUUAGAUCAGGGACGGACAGACUGAAGUGGAGGAGGAGGAAAACAACAGGAGCUGAAACAAAAAACAGCUACAUGUGUUUGAUAGUCUGAAAAUGUAAGUAUGUUGACCCCUUACAUGAAGCCGUAGACAGAGGGUAGGUAGUCCCAGGAACCGAGCAGGAAGAAGGAGAGACAGACGAUGACGAAGAGACUGCCCAGGUACAUGAAGGCGUACUGAGCGAUGAACCACCAGAAACUCACACGGCGGAAGUUCACAGGGAUGUACUGACGCUGACGGAGGAGAUAAACAGCAUCAAUGAGUCUUGAUUUUUAAACUGCACAGAGUUUAGUGAGGUGUAGGAAAAUGAUGCUGGACUCAUCUCACCUGCAUGAGGUAGAGCAGAGCGGGGGCGCACAGAGUCAGAGGGUAGAUGGACUGAUACGUGGCCAACGACAGAAAGAUGGCGCUCAGCAAAACAUUUCCUGCAAAACAAACAUCCAAAUUUUUCCAAAAAUUCCCACCAUUGAUCUUUUUAUUGAUCUUUACAAUAAUACAUACUUUCUACACAAUCCUGCCGCAGUGAUCUUCAAUAAAAAACGAAUUAAUUUUUUUCGUCAUUAUUUUUAACUAAAUUCAGACUAACUGAAAUUUAAACCAUCUAACUCUGUUGUUAUCAACAUUUCACAGUAUCCUUACGCUUUUAAAACUGGUGUUAGAUUUAAGACUCUAAAUUCAGAGAAGUCACAUCAAAAUAUGAACCUGGACAUCAUCGGAGGAUCCCAAAUGUGAGGCUCUUAAGGUUACACUGGGGUGUAAAUGACAAGUUUGGUUCUUAAUAUGUUGAAUGUCUUCAGAAAAGUCAUGAGAAACUUCAAGUUAGUUAAGAACUUUACCUUUUAUUGUGCAGAGGAUGAAGAGGCCGAUGACGCAGUUGGUCAGACCACAGGUCGACUUGGCAACGCAGGACAGGAUGGUGAACGGGUUCAGCAGGUAACUGAGAAGAAGAAAUAGGGUGAUGAUACACCUUAUGAACCAUCAAUGACAACACUGCUGUUUCUCUGCCUCGCUGUUCAGGUUUAAAUCCCUACGAUCAGCUAUUUACAUGUUAUGUUUACUUUAGAAAAGACAAGAUAAAAUAAGAUAAGUGGAACAAAGACACUUGUGGAAACUUCCUGUUCAUCUGUGUGGUGCUGAAUUGAUUUAAUUUCACACCUCUUUUCUUUAUUUUUUUGAGUUGGAGAAUUUACGUUAAAAAAAAAAAGUAAUAAAUUACACAAUCAAAAAAAUAAUUGUUAAAUGUGUGACUUACAACAUGGCGACCUUCAGAGGGAUGUAGUACAUCUCUCUGGGGCUCCUGAUGAGCUCCAGACAGUCGAGGGGGUAACGGUCAGCCUCCAGGGCAAACUUUUGCUUCCUGAACUGAAACAGAAACAAACACAUAAGAAAUAUUAGAUACGGGUAAAAUGAUACCGAAUCACAGUUUUAUCAGAAAGUUCAAUUCACUGAAAAAGUCCAACUUCUGUAAACAUCUUUAUUAAAGAGUUAACAGGGUGUUUUUAAACACAGCGGCACACAAGGUUUUAAAAAAGUGAAAAUUCUCUUUAAAUAUCCAAAUUUUUAAAAUCAUUUUCUCAGUAUUCAUGCAGACAUGGCUGUUUUCUUACCACUUGUUUGUUGUAGUCCUUCACUGCUAGGUAGAGAGCCACAGCAGUGAUCACAUCUGCUAACUACGGACACAAAAGACACAAACAAUCAGAGGAGUGGUCUCAGAAAUACAACAAAAAAAUUCCCCAAAUUAAAAUCACUGGAGAAACAGAGGUCAUUUUCUUUUUUCUGAAAUCUUCAAAAACACAUUUUCCUACAGCUGAUAUUUGUCUGUAUUUAAACUGCUGUGACUGUUUUAUUAUUACUGUUAUUAUUGUCUGUAAAAACUUCCGCACUCACCAUAAAUGUGAUCUCCGCAUAAUCGACCAGAAAGUGAAAAAGGUAAAUGAUGAGAGGAGUCUGAAGAGGGAAGAACAAGAUGUUUAAUGCCAGAGCAAAACACACAGACAUUUAAAGACAAAUAAAAACAUGUGAUAUCAAGGAGUUUGGUCUGCUUUCCUAAUCAAAUAAUUGUUAUUGGAUUCUGUCACAAAAAAAGUUUGUUCAGACUGAUACUGUGAUGUCCUUUCCUCUGACUUUGACUCUCAGGAAACAAACAUGAACAGAAUAAAUAAGACUGACUUCCAUCAGCUGAUUUAAGAUGCGUCCAUCAAAACAUUGAGACUUAUUUACAUUAAAAUAACAGCUUUAGAUCUUUUUAUAGCACUCAAUAACUCCCAUUUUGCUGUUGUACUUUUUUACUCCUGCUUGUGUGUGUGUGUGUGUGUGUGUGUGUGUAUCUCUCACCUCAUGAAAAACAUCUCCAGAGUAUGGUGACACUCCCAGGUCCAGCAGAGCCAAACCCUCGAUAACUGUAAACAAACAGUAAACAUAGUGGAGACGAGAUGACACGCUGUAAGUAUUUAAAUGGGCAUGUUAAAUAUAACCCCCUGUCUUCUGCUGAUCCGUCUGCUUGUUUCACUCAUAAUACAUGAUUAUUUUGAUACAGCAGUCUGAUGUGACUGUGAUUGAUUGUGCAGUUUCAUCUCACAGUGAUGACUGAAUUGUGAUUAAUUGUAGAGCCUUCUCUAAUUCUCCUUACUCGUCAUCAAACCAAUCAAUGAGCUUUUCCCAUGAUGCAGCUCGCUUUAACAGCUGCCUCAUUCACUAUUCAUGCAGGGUCUGUCUAUCAUCACAGAAUGAGCUUUUGAAAGUGCAGCUUUAUGGCUGUGAGGCAGCUUCUUCAUGCAGCUUAUUCCAACAGCUCAGCUAACAUCUCUGUUGAAGUGUUGACUGUCAUUUCAAAGGGCAAUUGGACUUGGUUGGGGUUCUUUAAAGUGUGUGUGUGUGUGUGUGUGUGUGUGUGUGUGUGUGUGUGUGUGUGUGUGUGUGAGAGAGAGAGAGAGAGAGAGAGAGAGAGAGAGAGAGACCUCUUCAAGGACCUCAAGCGAGUUUAGUUGCCAUGUACUGAGGACCGAAAAUCUCUGAUACCGCCAAAAAUCAAAAUGUCGUGUCCACCAGCACCUCUCUCGGGUUACUAACGGCAUAUCUGACGGAGUCCAGCACAUUAAAACGGUUUAACCGGUUAGUCGAAGAGAAACAGAGACAGUAUGCUGACAGGACAACAAUUCAGAGCCUUUAAAGAUUUAAGUCAUAAAACUGUUAACAAAGAGCCAUAUAUUCCCCUUUGUAAUGGAGCUAGUCAGUUUCUUUUUUUUCUGUAGGACAAAGAGAGGCGGUUUCAGCCAAACUGGUUUGGACUUUAUUGACUCCACAGCACCGAGGAAGGGACCCGAGUGGUGUAUUAGAACGCAAAAUCGCCGUAAAAAAACACCAGCCCGCGCUUACCUCUCUUCCAGGCCGUUAACGGAGACACUACCUCCACACGCUCCGAUAUUAAAUCCACUAAACUUGAUCUAUAUAGAGCAGCACGUAUGGUAACGGCUACAAUCAAAAGCAGCGUUAAGGGAGCCGCCAUCUUGACAAGGAAGCCCCCAUCCGCCCUGCGAAAUGCAUAAUGGGAAAUGAAGUCUUAUUUUUUCCAUAAUUUAAAAAGGGAUUCAAACUAAAACAAAAACUAAAAAAAUGCUAUGGUAUUCAUUAUCAAUCUAUUGUUAUUCUUAACCCUGUUCAUGUUGUUAUCAACGAAGUAUAACUAAAUUAACAACUGCAUUCUCGUAUUAUAAAGACUAAUCUCGUAAACUCUCGAAAACGUUUUUUCCAUUAAUGUGCUCCCAACAUUCUGUCGAAGUUGUUGCUGUGGUUAACUUGUAGUCAAGUCAAUUCAAGGUUGCCUUAUUUGUGGAUUUAAUAUUUGCCCCUGUUUUUCCAGUUUUCUGUCCACAGUAAUACACGGUAGUGUUUCUCAGGCCUGCCGUACUGACAGCAAGUAGCACGGCUAAUUUACGGCUUAUUUCUGUCCGUGUGAGACUGAGGAGAAAUCAUAGACUGUAUAUUCUAUUCCUUAUACAGUCUAUGAGAGAAACAUUAACACACUUCAACAUACUGGAACCAAGGAAAAGGUAGAGCCCGAGUAUGUUUUUAGCCGGGACCUUUUUGGUGUCGGAUCAAAACACAGUUUUGACACAAAAGGGCUGUAAAGUUGAACAAAAUGCAAUUGUGUUGUCCGCAAUAGAUACAGCCACAUUAUCAAAAUAAGAGUCCGUUUUAGUAAACAGCUGGGGAAGUAAAGCAAACAGUUUGAGUAUGCAAAAACUGGAAAAAAGGCAGGUUUUCUUUUGGUUUAAAAUAUUCAGUUUAGUGAACUUCCAAAGUAUCUAUGUCUUCUGCUGUUAUUGUCUUUUUAAUUUUAAUGCCUGUAUGCUUUAUUAAAAAUAAAAUUAUCGUUUUAUUGAUGUUGAUUACUUGUAAUGGGUUAACUGCGCCAAGUCUACAUUCAUGGAAAUUUUAGAGAAUAUCAUCGUUCUCAGAGAUUUUUUUCAACCAAUCUAAAAGACUAUUUUUCCUUUUGUUGCAUUCAAUUCAAAAUUGUAAAGUGAAAUCAUAAAAAAUGUUUGCAACGAUGACCGCGAUUCCUCUACAUUGCAGCUGUCUUUGGGACUUUUACAUUGAAAGGUUUAGACCGGAAUACUUUAAUGUUGCAGGGUAACGUGACGUUGGUUAGCUACCGUUGAGACUUUCGUUUUCAUUUCUCGGACUGAUACUGACUUAAUGUUGCUUUAAUUGUUAGAUUACUAAACAUGGCGGGUUUGGAGGUGUUAUAUGCCCAUGUAGGCAGCAGUAUUACCUGUUCUCAGGAUGCCGUGGUGUGUUUCGUGCACUGGGAGAUGAUUAAGCGUGGGUUCAGGUGCAUCGGCUCUGGGGAUGAGGUAAGUUCGUUUAGCAAACAUCAACCUUAACAGUCGAAAGCCUCAUCUGAUGAGACGGUUUUUACAUACAGUGUAACGCCGAACAGCAUUAACAAAAGUGGUAUAAGCUGCAUUUAAAGAUUAUCAACAUCGUAAUGGCUAACUAAAUCCGGGACGUUUAUAUGUUUAAGCGGUUUAUGAACACAUUUAAAAAAACUUCGUAUCAAUAACCAGUUUAAAAUGUCCUUGUAUCAUUAAAAAUAGCACGAGGGUCAAAAGAUCAACAAUAGAAUUGACCCACAUCUUUAGCAUGGUAUUUGCUUUUUUUAAGGAAUUUGUCAAACGCCGAAUUAAAGAACGGAUCCUUACGGUUUGGGAUCACAUGUUUGAAUUGUUUUUACCGAGCUUAUUGCCAUGUACUAUCCAUGAAACGUAAAAACAGUCUGUUUUCUAAACGGGAUUCUGUCCUGGUACGUGUGUUUGAAUGCGUUAGCUGUCUCAAGAUAGGAGUUAUACUGUCUGUAACCGUAACUAGAUAUCUGCUCAAGGUUUUUGACCAUAUUGCAGCUUUUUCUGAAACAAGUUGUCAUGUUUCACGUAGUGUUAUCCAGCUAAUGUUUGAUAAACUGUAAAUUUGAAGGCUAUGAAAAGUGUCAUGUCAUUGUUAGCUAGCUUACCCAGUGCUGUACAAGAAGCAUCUCAUUGUGUCACUGCACCAGGGGGGACAAAGUUACUAAAUGCAUUUACUCACCUUACUGUAAAUGGUUUUUUUCUACCCAUACUUUAUUUGUGGCAUUCUUUUUUUUUUUUAAUUAAUCAAAAUUUUCCUCCCUUUUUAUGCCUCUGUCUCUUGUCCAGCCCCGCAGCAGUGAUAAGAAGUCAGAGCUACUGCCUGCAGACUGGAGCAGCAACAAGGAGCUUUACAGUCUGAGAUAUAAAACCAAAGAUGGGGACAACCAGCUGCUGCUCAAAGCCAUCGCUGUCGAUUCCACCCUUAUCUUCAACCUGAUGGUGAGAAACAUGAGCAACACGUGGAUGCCAACCACUAAUAUACCUUGCCAAUUCUGUAAAACCUGAAACACUGUCAAAUGUUCAUAGAAACAGAAUUUUGAUGUCAAAAUAGUGCAAAGACAACGUAUCACAUGUUGAAACUGAGAAAAAUCUUUGCCUGUUUUAAAUUUCAUAUUUUAAUGAUAUUUCAUUAAAGGGGGGGUGGUAUAUAAAUAGAGUUUGAUUUGUUUUGAUGUCAUUCCCUGUUCUCUCUCCCUUAUUUCCUGCUCUAUCCACUGUCUUAAAUUUGCCAAUAAAGACUGAAAAGUAAAUAAAUGAACAGGAUCCUAAAACACCUGCAACUCCUUUAUGCAGGAGCUUCUUUAUUCUGUCUGGGUUAUAAAAUGCUCCCUUUAACUGAACCUGUAACAGACACUGCAGUAAGGACUACCAGCAGUCUCAGAGUACCCCAGUCUCUGCUGCUCACAUGAAACACUGUUUCAAAAUGACUGUAGAAUCAAAUCUCAGCGGUUAUUUUUGGCUCAGUACUAGAAUAUGUUUUACUGUAAAUCAUCUAUCACAUGUAUUGAUUGUGUGUGUGUGUGUGUGUGUGUGCGUGUGUGUGUGUGUGUGUGUGUGUGUGUGUGUGUGUGUGUGUGUGUGUGUGUGUGUGUGUGUGUGUGAAGAACUCCAGCACUCAGCAGGUGUCUGACCUGACCGUGAACAUCAGUGAUCACGUGGAUGCUGAUCAGCUGCAGACAUUUGACAGGUUUGUGUCAUACUCCUCUUCAUUUAUUUUCCUUUUCAUGUAUUAAAAGGUCGUAAAGUCGCUGAGUUUUCACUUUAAAAUGUAAAGUUAGUUUGAUUUAGUUGUCUAGUCUGUGGUCAUGUUACUCAGUACAGGACACCGGUGAUUUAAGCCCUGUGCAGAUACCUGAGGUAAAGGCUGGCUGUCUUCUCCAGUGUGUUUAAGGACGAAGACUGCUUGUCAGAGAAGGUGAGGACUCAGCUGCUGCCCCCUCAGGACAAACCAACAGGACAGAGGAUGGAGAGGGAGAGUCGACGGGAGGGGGAGGAGGAGGAGGAGGAGAGGAGGAGAGAGGGCGACAGCGACCCCCUUCGAAUCCCCGUCAGACAUCCUCGCCAGGGAAGACAGCCAGACUGGUCUGUUUUUGAAUCCUGGAGUUAAUCUUACACCCACACAGAGUCCUGCUCUGUCAUAUAAUAAACAACAAGGGGUUCUUUUAAUGUGAAGUGUUUGAAUUAGGCUGAAUUAUCCAGUCAGAUAGACAAGCAUGCUUUUGUUAACUAAAUAGCUGAACAGCUAAUUCCUACUCAUUGUGUUUUUCUUGAUUCACAUGAUGGAGACCAAGUGUGAGUGUGUUCAGAGUCUAACCAGUGUGUGUCUUUAUGUUGGAGAAAGAAAGAAACAGAUUCAUUCUCUCGUCUCAUCUGUCUCUCCCCCUCCUCUUGCCCCUACGUCCUCCCCACUGUGACCUGAUCAGAUGAGAUUUAAGGCGAUGUCAGCACUUUAUCGACCUUGCUGUCGCCUCCUCGUCCAUUGAGAUGCAGGGAGAGAGAGGAGAGGAGGGGGAGGGGAUGAAGAUUAGAUCUAAACAAAGACAGGUGAUGGAAAAGUAAACAAAAGAUGGAAAGGAGAGACACAAACUGAUGGACAAGAGGAGAAAGAGACAGAAGAAGGAGAGAGGAGAAAAAAGGAGACGAGCAGACGACAGGAAAGAUUCAGAAUAUCUGAAGGUUUUAAAGGCUAAUUAACAAUGCAGACCACUACCUGUCUCUGUGAUUUACUUUAAAUGAAAACCCCUAACAUGAUAACUGAGAUUAUGAGGAGGAUUAUUUAUAUUUAAUGCUAUUCUCCAGGAUUACAUUUCAUUAAAUAUAACCCAGAUCAGCUGUUUGUGGAUGUAAAAAUCCUGCAGUGAGGAAACAGACGUUUUAAGGGCUGAAUCUCACAAGGAUAUUCAUCGAUAACUUCUCUGUCAAUAUUGAUUAUUUUUUUCACGCUUUAUAAUUUAAGAUUAGAACAGGCUGCCUGUAAAAUCUCAAAUUUAAAACACUGAAGUUUCUUUUACAAAGACAAAAGUUAAUCAGCCGAGGCAACUGUUUCAAAAUGACUCUAUAAUCGGUCUAUACCCUAUAUAUCUAUUUUUGGAAUUAAAGGUUAAUUAUAUUUUAAAAUGUCAUGUCGUGUGUGUGUGUGUGUGUGUGUGUGUGUGUGUGUGUGUGUGUGUGUGUGUGUGUGUGUGUGUGUGUGUGUGUGUGUGUGUGUGUGUGUGUAUGUUUAAGGCCUGGCCCCAUGCACCCCUUUGCAGCAGGAGGAGCAGAUCUGGAUCCUUUUGGGUGAGUCCGUCUAAUAAACCCUGCAGAUACUGUUGAUGGGGUUUAUUUUCAGAUCUGAGUUUGAGUAAGCGAGCGCGAUUUUAAAGGAUGAAACAGACAGACUGACUGACUGACAGACAGCGGAGGAUUACCAGACUCCAUCCAGACCCUGAAAAGCUCUGAACUCAAAUACCAGAGCGUCAGGAUGCCCAGCGGGGCUCCUCUUUGAAGUGAACAGACGCCAAAUUACCUUUUAAAUUAUUCAACAACAAAAUCAGUGAAUAAUUAUGUUUCACAAACUCAAACAGUUUGUUUUUAUUACAGUAAAACUGACACAACCAGAGCAGCACAGGAACUUUCUUUGUGUGUCUUUGGUGCUUCAGAGUCAUUUCAUCCUCCCGUUACUUUAUUGUGUUUUUAUGAUUUUGUGAAAUUAAAAGUGAACAAAAUUAGAGAUUAUGAUUUUUCCUUCAUCCUUCCUUCUUUUCUGGCUCCACCCCUGGCUCAGGUCUCGCGGCGGUGGUGGGAUGAUCGUGGACCCGCUGAGGUCGGGGUUUCCCCGCUCUGGUUUUGACCCCUCCAGUGGGAUUCCAGACAUCCUGCCCCCUGGAGCUGUUCCCCCUGGAGCUCGCUUUGACCCAUUCGGACCCGUGGGACGACACAGACCGGGGUUAGGGACACAAACACACUCAUACACACACAAAACACAGAGGAAACCCUGUGAAUGAUUAUCUGACCGGCUGUUUUUGUGUGUGUGUGUGUGUUUGUUUCUCAGGCCGGACAGAGACCACAUGCCCCCGCCCGGAUAUGACGACAUGUUCAUGUAGCACCCAGCAGCCUUUCCUGCCCCCUUCUUUAAGAUCUGGUGUGAUCCGUUUUACUGAUCCACUGAAUAAUUUUCUAUUUCCUCUUUUUGUCAGUGACAGUGUGACCUUUUCUAACCUUUCAUAUCAAAUAUUAACUCAUGAAGAAGAAGCUCCCUGUCAGGGCGAGAGUGGACUAUAACCACAGAUGUGCUCAAUCACAAUAAACUUGUCUUAGUGAUCGACGUCGGAUUAGCUUUAGGUUAAGAUCCAUCAUCCUGCAGAUAGAGUCCGCAGCUAAAGUGAACAUUAGUCAUCAAUGUAAUAUGUCUUCAUCUCAUCAAACUGCAUCUUUAAGGUUUAAUUUAUUAGGUUAAAGAAACUUCCAUUUCUUAUAUGUAGAGGAAGAGUUAAGACUUUUUUUGACUGCUGAUACUUAAAGAAACCUGGAUGAUAAAAUAUUUGAAGCCAACAUCCUCUAAUAAAAAUACUGGACUUCUCAUCCUGC